GCUGUUAUCCCUCUAGCUACGCCACCUGCUCUGUGACAAGGAAUCUGCAUUAUGCCACCUUUGAUGGACAGAGAUACAACUUCCAAGGCACCUGCCACUACCAGCUAACUGCCCUGUGCAAGAAGGGAGAGGGACUGGUGGACUUUGAAGUCUAUUUCCAGGAGAAUAGUACUGCUCCUGUACAGAUCAAGGUUUAUGAAACUGACAUCAGGGUCAGCAAUCAAUUACCUGGCAAAAUCAUGGUGAACAGUUUCCUGAUUAAUCUUCCCUUCAAUCUCGAUAAGAAAAUCACUGUGUAUAGAAAGGGCUGGGCCACAGUGAUCCAGACAGACUUUGGCCUCAGCGUUACCUAUGCCAGGUGGUCAGGACGCACCACGGUGACUCUGCCAGUUACCUACGCGGGAGCCGUAUGUGGUCAGUGUGGCAAUUUUAACAUGGACAGGAAGGAUGAUAUGCUUAUGAGGGAUGGCACGCUGGCACCAAACCCCAUCAGCUUUGGCCAGAGCUGGAAGGUAGGAGACCUUCCAAGAUGCUCUGCAAUAACGAUACCACCUUGUGCAAGUCUAGAAGCUAUUGAAAAACAACAACGAGGUAGCAGAGGGCAGUGUGGGCUCAUCCUAUACAAGAGUGGCCCCUUCAGAGGAUGUCACAGCAAAGUGGACCCCCAUGGAUACUUCAUAGACUGUGUGUACGGCUAUUGCUUCCUCAGUGGGCGGGAGAGUAACAUUUGUCAUGCUGUUGCUGCGUAUGCUGAAGCAUGUCAGGAAGCUGGAGCUAUAGUACAUCCCUGGAGGACUGAGAAAUUCUGCCAUCUGUCCUGUCCCCUGAACAGUCACUAUGAAUUAUGCAGCAGCAGCUGUGAUCUGACAUGCAGCAACCUCCAUUCCCCAGUGCAAUGCACGACCUGGUGUAAGGAAGGCUGCGUGUGUGAUGAGGGCUUUGUUCUCAGUGGUGACCUCUGUGUCCCCUUUUCCCAGUGUGGAUGCCUCCACAGAGGACUUUACUACCAGGCCGGGGAGACCUUCCACCCGAGCGGUUCAUGCGAGGAGCAGUGCGUGUGUCAGGCUGGUGGGGAGGUUGUGUGCAAGGCAUUCUCCUGCAGCACUGGUGAGCAAUGCAGGGUGGUGGACGGUGUCCAGAAAUGCCACCCAUUUGGAUCUGCGACCUGUUCUGCCUCUGGCCAUCCCCACUACCUCUCUUUCGACGGGGUCCCCUUUGACUUCCAAGGCACCUGCACCUACAUCCUGGCCAAGACCUGCACCGAUGCCAAUCACCUUACACCAUUCACUAUCAGCAUAGAGAAAGAAUCCUGGGGCAGUGGGAACGUCUCCAUGGCCAAGCUGGUGUCCAUUCAGCUGUAUGGGAUCACACUCACCCUGCUGCAGAACAUACAGGGGCUCAUCAUGGUGGAUGGGGUGUUCCACAACCUCCCAGUGAUCAUGGCCAACAAGCGGCUCCAAGCAUAUCAGCAUGGUACUAACAUCCUGGUGCAAACUGACUUUGGCCUCAUUGUGAGUUACGACCUGGUUUACCAGGCCAGAGUCACCAUUCCACAGCGAUACCAGGGCCACACAUGUGGCCUGUGCGGGAACUACAGUGGAUGGCAGGACAGCAAGUUCCUGCUUCCCAAUGGCAGGACAGUCUCUGAUGUGGCAGCAUUUGGCUCUGCUUGGGAAGUGCAGGUCCCAGGAGCAUCAUGUGUAGACAGAUGUGCUGGGAACAGCUGUCCAGUUUGUGAGGAGAGGAAGGAUGUCUUCAAACAGCGCCAAUACUGCGGGUUGCUCACAGCCCCUGACAGCCCCUUCACUGCCUGCCACGGCACGGUCAGCCCCAGCGUGUAUUUCAACAACUGCCUGUAUGAUCUUUGCCUGGGAAAGGGGGACUCCCAGGUCCUGUGCCAGAGCAUCCACAGCUACGUGACGGCCUGCCAAGAGGCCAAGGUCACCAUCCUGCCCUGGAGGAGCACCUUCUUCUGCCCUGUGAGUUGCCCUGCCAACAGCCACUAUGAGGUUUGUGCUGACCUCUGCACUGUCGCCUGUGCUGGAAACAUCAUGGAUUGCCCAGAGACCUGUGCUGAAGGCUGCCAGUGUGACAAGGGCUUCUUCUUCGAUGGCCAGGGCUGUGUGACUCAGGAGAGCUGUGGAUGCUUUGAACAGGGGAGAUACUACAAGCCCAGUCAGACUGUCCUUAUGAAUGAGUGCCAGCAAAGCUGCACCUGUGUUCCAACCCAAGGGGUGACCUGCAAAGCCCACAGCUGCUCCAGAAGAGAAACCUGCCAGAUCAGAGACGGCGUUAUGGGCUGCAACCCAGUAGUUAUUCCAUCCUGCAGUGUGGUUCUCUGCAGGGAAGGAACUAUUUGCAAGAUGAUAAAUGGGCAGCCAGAGUGUGUGCCAGUCUCUCGGGGCACGUGCUGGGCCGGGGGAUACUUGCAUUACCACACCUUCGAUGGACGGGCGUAUGAUUUUCACGGCAACUGCAACUACACAGUGGCCAAGACCUGCAAGGAUGACUCCGUCCUGCCCUCCUUCCAUGUCACGGCCAAGAACGAGAACAGGGGGAACACACAGGUUUUCUACAUUUGGUCGGUGACUGUCCAGGUGGAUGGAGUCACCAUCACAGCAGCCAGGGCUGAGGUCGGCUUUGUGUGGGUGAAUAACACCAGGGUCCACUUACCUAUCUCCCUGAACAACGGGGCCCUUCGACUCUAUCAGAGCGGCACCUCCCUUGUCCUCCGCACCAACUUCAACCUCAGGGUGUACUAUGACUGGAACAACCACCUGAGGAUCACCGUCCCUAAUGACUUCUCCGACAGCCUGUGUGGCCUGUGCGGCAACUAUAAUGGGGACCCCGCCGAUGACUUCCAGACCCCAGAUGGGGACCAGGCUCCCAGUGUCGCCGCCCUGGGGAAAAGCUGGGCAGUGGAAGAUGAAGAUUAUUUUUGCUGGCACGAUUGCAUUGGAGGUUGCAGGCCCUGUGCCGCCAGCAUAGCCAGAAAGUACAAGGAGGAGGCCUCAUGCGGCCUGAUAGCCAAGGUCUCAGAUGGGCCCUUCAGCCAGUGCCACAGCAAGGUGGAUCCCACAGUCUACUUGGACAACUGCGUGUACGACCUGUGCCACAACGAGGGCUACAGGAAGGCCCUGUGUGAGGCCCUGAAGGCCUACGCGGACGCCUGCCAGCUGGAGGGGGUCAGGAUUGGGGAAUGGAGGCAGCUGGCCAGAUGCCCCAUGGAGUGCCCCCUGGAGAACAGCCAGUACCAGCUCUGUGGAACAGCCUGCCCCGCCACAUGUGUGGACCAGUCAGCCCCCAGCAGCUGCCAAGACCCCUGCGUGGAAAGCUGCCAGUGCAAGGAUGGUUUUGUGCUGAGCCAGGGAAAAUGCAUACCCAAAAGCAGCUGUGGAUGCCUGUUUGAAGGGCGCCCCUAUGCCCCCAGUGAGAGUUUUUGGGUCGAUGAGGCAUGUGGGACACGGUGCAUGUGCAAUGCAGCCACUAGACAAGUCGAAUGCAUAGCUGCUAUGUGCAAACGUUCAGAGAGGUGCGGGCUAGUGAACGGCAUACGGGGCUGUUACCCCUCCAGCUACGCCACCUGCUCUGUGACAAGGAAUUUGCACUAUGCCACCUUUGAUGGACAGAAAUAUGACUUCCAAGGCACCUGCCACUACCAGCUAACUGCCCUGUGCAAGAAGGCAGAGGGACUGGUGGACUUUGAGGUCUACUUUCAGGAAAGCAAUACUGGUCCUGUGCAAAUCAAGGUCUAUGAGACCGACAUCAGGGUCAGCAAUCAAUUCCCUGGUAAAAUCAUGGUGAACAGUUUCCUGAUUACUCUUCCCUUCAACCUCGAUGAUGAGAAAAUCACUGUGUAUAGAAAGGGCUGGGCCACAGUGAUCCAGACAGACUUUGGUCUCACCAUUACCUAUGCUGGGUGGUCAGGACGCACCACGGUGACUCUGCCAGUCACCUACGCGGGAGCUGUGUGUGGUCUGUGUGGCAAUUUUAACAGCGACAGUGAGGAUGACAUGCUCAUGAGGGAUGGCAACCUGGCACCAAACCCCAUCAGCUUUGGCCAGAGCUGGAAGGUGGGCGACCUCCUGAGUUGCUCUGCAGUAACGAUACCACCAUGCGCAAGUGUAGAGGCUAUUGAAAAAGAACAACGAGGUAGCAGAGGGCAGUGUGGGCUCAUCUUAUACAAGAAUGGCCCUUUCAGAGGAUGUCACAGUAAAGUGGACCCCAAUGGAUACUUCAUAGACUGUGUGUAUGGCUAUUGCGUCCUCAGUGGGCGGGAGAGUAAUGUCUGCCAGGCCAUUGCUGGCUAUGCUGAGGCAUGUCAGGAAGCUGGAGCUAUGCUGCGUCCCUGGAGGACUACGAAAUUCUGCUCUCCGUCCUGUCCCCCAAACAGUCACUAUGAAUUCUGCAGCACCAGCUGCGAUCUGACAUGCAGCAACCUCUAUGCCCCGGUGCAAUGCAUGACCCAGUGUAAGGAAGGCUGCGUGUGUGACGAGGGCUUUGUUCUCAGUGGCGACCGCUGCGUCUCCAUUUCCCAGUGCGGAUGCAUCCACAGGGGAAUUUACCACCAGGCUGCAGAGAUCUUCCACCCGAGCGGUUCAUGCGAGGAGCAGUGUGUGUGUCAGGCUGGUGGGGAGGUUGUGUGUAAGGCAUUCUCCUGUGGCAGUGGUGAGGAAUGCGGGGUGGUGGACGGCAUCCAGAAAUGCCACCCAUUUGGGUCUGCGACCUGUUCUGCCUCUGGCCAUCCCCACUACCUCUCUUUCGAUGGGGUCUCCUUUGACUUCCAAGGCACCUGCACCUACAUCCUGGCCAAGACCUGCACUGAUGUCCGUGACCUUACACCAUUCACUAUCAGUGUAAAGAAAGAAGAUUGGGGCACCAGGAACAUGUCCGUGGCCAAGCUGGUGUCCAUUCAGGUGUAUGGGAUCACACUCACCCUGCUGCAAAACAAACAGGGGCUCAUCAUGGUGAAUGGGGUGUCCCACAACCUCCCAGUGAUUGUGGCUGAUGGGCGACUUAGAGCGUAUCAACAUGGCACAAACAUUCUGGUGCAAACCAACUUCGGCCUCACUGUGAGCUACGACCUGGUUUACCAGGCCAGGGUCACCAUCCCAGGAAACUACGAGGGCCAGACGUGUGGCCUGUGCGGGAACUACAACGGACAGGAAGAUGAGAAGUUCCUGCUUCCUGAUGGCAGGACAGCCCCUGAUGCAGCAGCAUUUGGCUCUGCUUGGGAAGUCCAGAUCCCAGGAGCAUCCUGUACAGACAAAUGUGCUGGAAACAGCUGUCCAGUUUGUGAGGAGAGGAAGAAGAAGGUCUUCAAAGGGCGCAACUACUGUGGGCUGCUCACAGACCCUGACGGCCCCUUCACAGCCUGCCACGGCACGGUUAGCCCCAGCGUGUAUCAUAGCAACUGCCUGUAUGAUCUGUGCCUGGCCAAUGGGGAUGCACAGGUUCUUUGCCAAAGCAUCCACAGCUACGUAAUGGCCUGCCAAGAUGCCGGGGCCUCCAUCCAGCCCUGGAGGAACACCACCUUCUGCCCUGUGAGCUGCCCAGUCAACAGCCAUUAUAAGGUCUGCGCCGACCUCUGUACCACCACCUGCUCUGGAGACAUCAUGGACUGCCCGAAGAUCUGUGCUGAAGGUUGCGAGUGUGACGAUGGCUUCUUCUACGACGGCCAGGGCUGUGUGACUCCAGAAAGCUGUGGGUGCUUUGAGCGUGGGAGAUAUUACAAGGCCAAUGAGACGGUCCUGAUGAACGAGUGCCAGCAAAGCUGCACCUGUAUUCCUGCUCGAGGGGUGACUUGUAAAGCCCACGGCUGCUCCCGAGAAGAAAUCUGCCAGAUUAGAGAUGGCGUCAGGACCUGCAUCAGCGAAGUCUCUCAGGCCACGUGCUGGGCUGGGGGUUACUUGCAUUACCACACCUUCGAUGGACGGGUGUAUGAUUUCCAUGGCGCCUGCAACUACACGGUGGCCAAGACCUGCAGGGAUGCCUCCGGCCUGCCCUUCUUCCACGUCACGGCCAAAAGCGAGAACAGGGGGAACACACAGAUCUUCUACAUUGGGUCGGUAAUUGUCCAGGUGGAUGGAGUCACCUUCACAGCAGCCAGGGCUGAAGUCGGCUUUGUGGGGGUGAAUAACACCAGGGCCCACUUACCCAUCUCCCUGAACAACGGGGCCCUUUGGCUCUAUCAGAGUGGCACCUCCCUCAUCCUCCGUACUGACUUCAACCUUAGAGUGUCCUAUGACUGGAACAACCACCUAAGGGUCACUGUCCCCAGGGUCUUCUCCAACAGCCUGUGUGGCCUGUGCGGCAACUAUAAUGGGGACCCCUCCGAUGACUUCCGGACCCCAGAUGGGGACCUGGCUCCCAGUGUUGCUGCCCUGGGGAAAAGCUGGGCAGUGGAAGAUGAGAAUCAGUUUUGCUGGCACGAUUGCAUUGGAGGUUGCAGAUCCUGUGACCCCAGCAUAAUCAAAAAGUACAAGGAGGAGGCCUUGUGCGGCCUGGUAACCAAAGUCUCUGAUGGGCCCUUCAGCCAGUGCCACAGCAAGGUGGAUCCUACAGUCUACUUCGACAAUUGCGUGUAUGAUCUGUGCCACAACGAGGGCUACAGGAAGGCCCUGUGUGAGGCCCUGAAGGCCUACGCGGACGCCUGCCAGCUGGAGGGGGUCAGGAUUGGGGAAUGGAGGCAGCUGGCCAGAUGCCCCAUGGAGUGCCCCCUGGAGAACAGCCAGUACCAGCUCUGUGGAACAGCCUGCCCAGGCACGUGUGUGGACCAGUCAGCCCCCAGCAGCUGCCAAGAGCCCUGCGUGGAAAGCUGCCAGUGCAAGGAUGGUUUUGUACUGAGCCAGGGAAAAUGCAUCCCCAAGGGCAGCUGUGGGUGCCAGUUUGAGGGGCUCCCCUAUGCCCCCAAUGAGAGUUUCUGGAUUGAUGAGGUAUGUGGGACACGGUGCAUGUGCAAUGCCACCACUAGACAAGUUGAAUGCAUGGCCGCUACGUGCAGACACUCAGAGAGAUGCGGGCUAGUGAAUGGCGUACGGGGCUGUUACCCCUCCAGCUAUGCCACCUGCUCUGUGACAAGGAAUCUGCACUAUGCCACCUUUGACGGACAGAGAUACGACUUCCAAGGCACCUGCCGCUACCAGCUCACGGCUCUGUGUGAGGAGGCAGAGGGACUGGUGGCCUUUGAAGUCAACUUCCAGGAAAACAAUACGGCUCCUGUACAGAUCAAGGUUUAUCAGACCAACCUCAGGAUCAGCAAUCAAUUCCCUGGGAAAGUCCUGGUGAACAGUUUCCUGAUGAAUCUUCCCUUCAACCUCAUUGAUAAGAAAAUCACUGUGUACAGAAAUGGCUGGACCACAGUGAUCCAGGCAGACUUUGGCCUCACCGUUACCUUUGCCGGGUGGUCAGGACGCACCACGGUGACUCUGCCAGUCACCUACGCUGGAGCUGUGUGUGGUCUGUGUGGCAACUUCAACAGUGACAGUGAGGAUGACAUGCUCAUGAGGGAUGGCACGCUGGCACCAAACCCCAUCAGCUUUGGCCAGAGCUGGAAGGUGGGCGACCUCCCGGGAUGCUCUGCAAUAACGAUACCACCAUGCGCAAGUGUAGAGGCUAUUGAAAAAGAACAACGAGGUAGCAGAGGGCAGUGUGGGCUUAUCCUCCACAAGAGUGGCCCCUUCAGAAAAUGUCACAGCAAAGUGGACCCCCAUGGAUACUUCGUAGACUGCGUGUAUGGCUAUUGCGUCCUCAGUGAGCGGGAGAGUAACAUGUGCCAGGCCGUUGCUGGCUAUGCUGAGGCAUGUCAGGAAGCUGGAGCUAUGGUGCAUCCCUGGAGGACUACGAAAUUCUGCUCUCCAUCAUGUCCCCUGAACAGUCACUACGAAUUCUGUAGCAGCAGCUGCGAUCUGACAUGCAGCAACCUCUAUGCCCCGGUGCAAUGCAUGACCCAAUGUAAGGAAGGCUGCGUGUGUAAUGAGGGUUUUGUUCUCAGCGGCGACCACUGUGUCCCCAUUUCCCAGUGCGGAUGCCUCCACAGAGGACUUUACUACCAGCCCUGGGAGACCUUCCACCCGAGCGGUUCAUGCAAGGAGCAGUGUGUGUGUCAGGCAGGUGGGGAAGUUGUAUGUAAGGCAUUCUCCUGCAGCAGUGGUGAGGAAUGCGGGGUGGUGGACGGCAUCCAGAAAUGCCACUCAUUUGGAUCUGCGACCUGUUCUGCCUCUGGCCAUCCCCACUACCUCUCUUUCGACGGGGUCCCCUUUGACUUCCAAGGCACCUGCACCUACAUCCUCGCCAAGACCUGCACUGAUGCCAAUCACCUUACACCAUUCACUAUCAGCGUAGAGAAAGAAUCCUCUGGCAGUAGGAAUGUCUCCAUGGCCAAGCUGGUGUCCAUCCAGGUGUAUGGGAUCACACUCACCCUGCUGCAGAGCAAACAGGGGCUCAUCAUGGUGGACGGGGUAUCCCACAAUCUCCCCGUGAUAAUGGUCAACGGGCAGCUCCGAGCAUAUCAGCAUGGCACUAAUGUCCUGGUGCAAACCGACUUUGGCCUCACUGUGAGCUACGACCUGGUUUACCAGGCCAGAGUCACCAUCCCAGGAAGCUACCAUGGCCAGACUUGUGGCCUGUGUGGGAACUACAAUGGACAGCAGGACGAGGAGUUCCUGCUUCCCAGUGGCAGGACAGCCCCUGAUGUGGCAGCAUUUGGCUCUGCUUGGGAAGUCCAGAUCCCAGGAGCAUCCUGUACAGACAGAUGUGCUGGAAACAGGUGUCCAGUUUGCGAAGAGAAGAAGAAGGAGGUCUUCAAAGGGCGCAACUACUGUGGGCUACUCACAGACCCCGACAGUCCCUUUGCGGCCUGCCAUGGCACGAUCAGCCCCAGCGUGUAUCAGAGCAAUUGCCUGUAUGAUCUGUGCCUGGGCAAUGGGGACGCACAGAUUCUUUGCCAUAGCAUCCACAGCUACGUGACGGCCUGCCAAGAGGCUAAGGUCUUCAUCCAGCCCUGGAGGAGUGCCUCCUUCUGCCCUGUGAGCUGCCCAGUCAACAGCCACUACGAUCUCUGCGCUGACCUCUGCACCACCGCCUGCACUGGAGACAUCAUGGACUGCCCGGAGACCUGUGCUGAAGGCUGCCAGUGUGAUGAGGGCUUCCUCUUCGAUGGCCAGGGCUGUGUGACUCUGGAGAACUGCGGGUGCUUCAGACAGGGGAGAUACUACAAGCCCAGUGAGACGGUCCUGAUGAACGAGUGCCAGCAAAGCUGCACCUGUGUUCCUGCCCGAGGGGUGACUUGCAAAGCCCACAACUGCACCAGUGGCGCAACCUGCCAGAUCAGAGAUGGCGUCAUGGACUGCAUCAGCCAAGUUAUUCCAAAGCCAUCCUGCAGUGUGGUCCGCUGCAGGGAAGGAACUAUUUGUAAGAUGAUAAAUGAGCAGCCAAAGUGUGUGCCGGUCUCUCGGGGCACGUGCUGGGCUGGGGGAUACAUUCAUUACCGCACAUUCGAUGGAUGGGUGUACGAUUUCCAUGGCAACUGCACCUACACCGUGGCCAAGACCUGCAGGGAUGCCGCCGGCCUGCCCUCCUUCCAUGUCAUGGUCAAGAGCGAGAACAGUGGGAACACACAGGUCUUCUACAUUGGAUCAGUGACUGUCCAGGUGGAUGGAGUCACUGUCACUGCAGCCAGGGCUGAAGCCGGCUUUGUGUGGUUGAAUAACACCAGGGCCCACUUACCCAUCUCCCUGAACAAUGGGGCUCUUCGGAUCUAUCAGAGCGGCACCUCCCUCAUCCUCCGCACCGACUUCAACAUCAGAGUGUACUAUGACUGGAACAACCACCUAAGGGUUUCCGUCCCUAAUGACUUCUCUGACAGCCUGUGUGGCCUGUGCGGCAACUAUAACGGGGACCCCUCCGAUGACUUCCGGACCCCGGAUGGGGAUCUGGCUCCCAGUGUCACCGCCUUGGAGAAAAGCUGGGCAGUGGAAGAUGAGGAUCAGUUUUGCUGGCACGAUUGCAUUGGAGGUUGCAGACCCUGUGACCCCAGCAUAACCAAAAAGUACAAGGAGGAGGCCUUGUGUGGCCUGAUAACCAAGGUCUCAGAUGGGCCCUUUAGCCAGUGCCACAGCAAGGUGGAUCCUACAAUCUACUUUGACAACUGUGUAUACGAUCUGUGCCACAACGAGGGCUACAGGAAGGCCCUGUGUGAGGCCCUGAAGGCCUACGUGGACGCCUGCCAGCUGGAGGGGGUCAGGAUUGGGGAAUGGAGGCAGCUGGCCAGAUGCUCCAUGGAGUGCCCCCUGGAGAACAGCCAGUACCAGCUCUGUGGAACAGCCUGCCCCGCCACGUGUGUGGACCAGUCAGCCCCCAGCAGCUGCCAAGACCCGUGCGUGGAAAGCUGCCAGUGUAAGGAUGGUUUUAUGCUGAGUCAGGGCAAAUGCAUAUCCAAGAGCAGCUGUGGGUGCCAGUUUGAAGGGCGCCCCUAUGCCCCCAACGAGAGCUUCUGGAUAGAUGAGGCAUGUGGAACAUGGUGCAUAUGCAAUGCAACCACUAGACAAGUCGAAUGUGUGGCUGCUACGUGCAAACACUUGGAGAGGUGUGGGCUAGUGAAUGGCGUACGGGGCUGUUACCCCUCCAGCUAUGCCACCUGCUCUGUGACAAGAAAUCUGCACUAUGCAACCUUUGAUGGACAGAGAUAUGACUUCCAAGGCACCUGCCGCUACCAGCUCACCGCUCUUUGCAAGAAGGCAGAGGGACUGGUGGACUUUGAGGUCUAUUUCCAGGAGAACAAUACCUCUCCUCUACAGAUCAAGGUUUAUCAGACCAAACUCAAGAUCAGCAAUCAAUUCCCUGGGAAAGUCCUGAUGAAUGGUUUCCUGAUUAACCUUCCUUUCAACCUCAAUGAUAAGAAAAUCACUGUGUAUAGAAAGGGCUGGGCCACAGUGAUCCAGGCAGACUUUGGCCUCACUGUUACUUUUGCCGGGUGGUCAGGACGCAUCACGGUCACCCUGCCAGCGACCUACGCAGGAGCCGUGUGUGGUCUGUGUGGCAACUUCAACAAGGACAGGGAGGACGACUUUCUCAUGAGGGAUGGCACGCUGGCACCAAGCCCAGUCAGCUUUGGCCAGAGCUGGAAGGUGGGCGACCUCCCAGGAUGCUCUGCAGUAAUGAUACCACCAUGCACAAAUAUAGAGGCAAUUGAAAAGGACCAACGAGGUAGCAGAGGGCAGUGUGGGAUCAUCCUAGACAAGAAUGGCCCCUUCAGAGGAUGUCACAGCAAAGUGGACCCCCAUGGAUACUUCGUAGACUGCGUUUACAGCUAUUGUGUCCUCAGUGAGCGGGAAAGUAACAUGUGCCAGGCCGUUGCUGGCUAUGCUGAAGCAUGUCAGGAAGCUGGAGCUAUGGUGCAUCCCUGGAGGACUACAAAAUUUUGCUCUCCGUCUUGUCCCCCAAAAAGUCACUACGAAUUCUGCAGCACCAGCUGCGAUCUGACAUGCAGCAACCUCUAUGCUCCAGUGCAAUGCAUGAGCCAAUGUAAGGAAGGCUGUGUGUGUGACGAGGACUUUGUUCUCAGUGGUGACCACUGUGUCCCCUUUUCCCAGUGCGGAUGCCUCCACAGGGGACUUUACUACCAGGCUGGGGAGACCUUCCACCCGAGCGGUUCAUGCGAGGAGCAGUGUGUGUGUCAGGCUGGUGGGGAAGUUGUGUGUAAGGCAUUCUCCUGCAGCACUGGUGAGCAAUGCGGGGUGGUGGACGGCAUCCAGAAAUGCCACCCAUUUGGAUUUGCGACCUGUUCUGCCUCUGGCCGUCCCCAUUACCUCUCUUUCGACGGGGUCCCCUUUGACUUCCAAGGCACCUGCACCUACAUCCUGGCCAAGACCUGCACCGAUGCCAGUGACAUUACACCAUUCACUAUCAGUGUAGAGAAAGAAGAUUGGGACACUAGGAAUGUGUCCGUGGCCAAGCUGGUGUCCAUUCAGGUGUAUGGCAUCGCACUCACCCUGCUGUGGAGCAAACAGGGGCUCAUCAUGGUGGACGGGGUGUCCCACAACCUGCCUGUGAUCCUGGCCAAUGGGCGACUCCGGGCAUAUCAGCACAGUGUGAACGUCUUGGUGCAAACUGACUUUGGCCUCACCGUGAGCUACGACCUGGUUUACCAGGUCAGAGUCACAGUCCCGGGUCGCUACCACGGCCGGAUGUGCGGCCUGUGUGGGAACUACAAAGGGCAACAGGAUGACGAGUUCCUGCUCCCCGAUGGCAGGGUGGCCCCUGACACUGCAUCCUUCGGGUCUGCCUGGGAAGUUCAGAUCCCAGAGGCAUCCUGUACAGACAGAUGUGCUGGGAACAGCUGUCCAGUCUGCAAGGAGGAGAGGAAAGAUGUCUUCAAAGCACACAACUACUGCGGGUUACUCACAGCCUCUGAUGGCCCUUUUGCCACCUGCCAUGGCACGGUCAGCCCCAGCGUGUAUUUCAACAACUGCCUGUAUGAUCUGUGCCUGGACAAUGGGGACUCCCAGGUCCUGUGCCAGAGCAUCCACAGCUAUGUGACAGCCUGCCAAGAGGCCGGGGCCUCCAUCCAGCCCUGGAGGAAUGCCUCCUUCUGCUCUCUGACCUGCCCAGCCAACAGCCACUACGAGGUCUGGGCCAACCUCUGUACCACCACCUGCCCUGGAGAUAUCAUGGACUGCCCGGAGGCCUAUGCUGAAGGCUGCCAGUGUGACAAGGGCUUCUUCUUCGACGGCCAAGGCUGCGUGACUCUGGAGAGCUGUGGGUGCUUCAAGCAUGGGAGAUACUACAAGCCCAGAGAGACCAUCCUGACAAAUGAAUGCCAGCAGAGCUGCACCUGCGUUUCCACUCGAGAGGUGACCUGCAAAGCCCAAAGCUGUGCCAGAGAAGAAACUUGCCAGAUCAGAGAUGGUAUCAUGGUCUGCAUCAGCAAAGAUCCCUGCAAAACGCUGAAAUGCCGGAUCAAGGAGACAUGCAAAACUGAAAAUGGCCAAGAGGCAUGUGUUCCUGCCUACACUGGAAUCUGCCAGGGCUCAGGGGAUGCACAGUACCAAACUUUUGAUGGCCUGAAGUUUGAUUUGCAGGACACCUGCAAGUACACAAUCGCUAAGUACUGUGGCAGCGACCCUACCCUGGAGUCCUUCACCAUUGAUGAGAAGAACGACAACAGGGGGAACCAGGAAAUCUCCUUUUGGCAGGUGACCAAUAUCUAUGUCUACGGGUACAACAUCUCCAUCUACAAGAGGGAAGUUGGCAAAGUCCGGCUGAACAGUGUGAUCACCAGUCUCCCAGUGACACUGAAAGACGGUAAAAUCAAACUGUACCAGAAAGAUCUCAGCACCGUUCUGCAGACGGACUUCGGCCUCCAGAUUGCAUAUGACAAAAAUUGGCAUAUAGCGAUCACCCUCCCCAGCAGCUAUUAUGGGACCACAUGCGGCCUAUGUGGGAACUUCAACCAGAAUCCAGACGAUGACAUAAUGGCAUCCAAAGGCACCAGCUUCUCCUCCAUCAUGGACUGGGCUGCCAGUUGGAAAGUCCAAGAUCGGGACCCCCUUUGCUGGAAUUAUUGCCAAGAGACUUGCCCAAAGUGUGAUCUGUAUGGGGAUGACAGUCACUGUGGGGUGAUCAGUAAAGCACCGGGAGGGCCUUUCAGAGAGUGUCACUCCAGGGUGAGCGCUGAUGACUUCUUUGACAGCUGCAUCUAUGACAUGUGUCUGAAUGAGGGGGACAAGAGCAUUCUGUGUGAGGCGCUGGAGGCCUACGCGAAUGCCUGCAGGAGGCAUGGGGUCACUGUCGAUGACUGGAGGACGCCGUCCAGUUGCGAUGCCUGCAAAGCUCUGAAAUGCAGAACCAAAGAGACAUGCCGGACUGAGGAUGGCCAUGCAUCAUGUAUUCCUGACUACAUGGGAACCUGCCUGGGCUCAGGGGACAUGAACUACCAAACGUUUGAUGGUCUGAAGUUUGACUUCCAGGGCACCUGCACCUACACCCUGACCAAAUACUGUGGAAGUGACGCCACUCUGGAGCCUUUCACCAUUGAUGAGAAGAACGCCAAUAGGGAAAGCCAGGAUAUCUCCUUUCUGCGAGUGACCAAUGUCUACAUCUAUGGGUACAACAUCUCCAUGUACAAGAGGGAAGUUGGCAAAGUCCGGCUAAACGGUGUGAUCACCAAUCUCCCAGUGACGCUGAAAGACGGUAAAAUCAGACUAUACCAGAAAGGCCUCAGCACCGUCAUGCAGACAGACGUUGGCCUCCGGGUGGGGUACAACAAGAACUGGCAUCUGGAAAUUACCCUCCCCAGCAGCUAUUAUGGUGCCGUGUGCGGUCUUUGUGGGAACUUCAACCAGAACCCAGAAGACGACAUGAUGUCCUCCAAUGGCAUCAAAGUCUCCGUCAUCGUGGAUUGGGCUACCAGUUGGAAAGUCCAAGACCGGGACCCCUUUUGCUGGGAUUAUUGCCAAGAGACUUGCCCAAUGUGUGAUGAGAGUAAGAGAGAGCUGUAUGGGGAUGACAGUCACUGCGGGGUGAUAAAUAAAGCACCGGAAGGGCCCUUCAGAGAGUGUCACUCCAGGGUGAGCCCCGACAAGAUCUUUGAUAACUGCAUUUAUGACGUGUGUCUGAAUGAACAGGACAAGACCAUUCUGUGUGCAUCACUGGAGGCCUAUGCAGACUCCUGCAGGGACCAUGGAGUCACUGUCUAUGACUGGAGGACGCCGUCCAGCUGUGAUGAAUCUCGAGAAACCUGCCAAACCCUGAAAUGCCGGACCAAGGAGACUUGCAAGACAGAGGAUGGCCAUGCGACAUGUGUUCCCGACUACGUGGGAACUUGCUGGGGCUGGGGGGACCCACAUUAUCAUACCUUUGAUGGCCUGAAGUUUGACUUCCAGGGCACUUGCACCUACACCAUUGCCAAGUACUGUGGCCACGACCACUCCCUGGAGCCCUUUACCAUUGAUGAGAAGAAUGAUAACAGAGGCAGCCAGGCCAUCUCCUUUCUACGAGUGGUCAACAUCUAUGUCUACGGGUACAACAUCUCCAUCUACAAGAGGGAAGUUGGCAAAGUCCGGCUAAACGGCGUGAUCACCAGUCUCCCAGUGACACUGUUAGACGGUAAAAUCAGAGUGUACCAGAGCGGCUUCCGCGCCAUCCUGCAGACGGACUUUGGUCUCCAGGUGGCAUAUAACUGGGACUGGCAUCUGCUGAUCACCCUCCCCAGCAGCUAUUAUGGGGCCACGUGUGGCCUAUGUGGGAACUUCAACCAGAACCCUGAAGAUGACAUGACAUCAGCCAGCGGCACCAAAGUCUCCUCCAUCGUGGGCUGGGCUGCUAGUUGGAAAGUCCAAGACCAGGAUCCUUUUUGCUCGGAUUCCUGCCAAGAGAACUGCCUGACAUGUGAUGAGAGCACAAGGAAGCUGUACGGGGGCGACAGUCACUGUGGGUUGAUCAGCAAAGCACCGGGAGGGCCCUUCAGAGAGUGUCACUCCAGAGUGAACUCCAGUGAGUUCUUUGAUAGGUGCAUCUAUGACGUGUGUCUGAACAGGGGCGCUACGAGAAUCUUGUGCCAGGCGCUGGAGGCCUACGCAGCAACCUGCAGAGACCACGGGGCCACUGUCUAUGACUGGAGGAUGCCAUCUGGCUGCGCCCUGCCCUGCCCUGAGAACAGCCACUACGAGGCCUGUGGGAACGCCUGCCCAGCCAGCUGCUCUGACCAAACUGCCCCCUCCUCCUGCCGGGAGCCCUGCGUGGAGACCUGCCAGUGUAAUGACGGUUACGUCCUCAGCACUGACAAGUGUGUCCCCGUGGCAAGCUGUGGCUGUGACUACAACGGCCGCUACUACAAACCCAGUGAGGAGUUCUGGGACGAUGAGAACUGCCGCUCUCGGUGCAGGUGUGACCCCAGCCUGGGCACAGUGGUUUGCAGGAAGACCAGUUGCAAGGCCAAAGAAAGAUGCUCUGUGGUCAAUGGGGUCCGUGGUUGCCAUGCAAUCAGCUACCCCACCUGCAUAGGUACUGGAGACCCUCACUACACCACCUUUGAUGGGAAAAACUAUGAUUUUAUGGGCACCUGCAUCUACCAGUUCGCGGCUCUCUGCUCCGAGGACCCCACACUCACCCCAUUCAAUGUUAAAGUGGAGAACAACAACCGAGGCAGCAAGGCCGUGUCCUUCACCAAAACAGUGACCUUAGAGGUCUACAACGUGACCAUCAGCUUGAGCCAGGAGCAUCCACGUAAGAUCCAGGUCAAUGGUGUCUUUGUGGACCUGCCCUUCUCCCAUCAGCACAAGUUCAAGGCCUAUAUCAGCGGAGUCCAUGGCUUUAUCCAGACUGAUUUCGACCUGAGAGUGAGUUUUGACUGGUACAGCUAUGCCAGGGUCAUCAUACCCAAUACAUACGCCAACGCAGUCUGCGGCCUCUGUGGCAAUGCCAAUCAGGACCCCAGCGACGAUCUGACCAUGAAGAAUGGAACUCAGACAUCUGAUGAGAUUCAGUUCGCCGACAGCUGGAAGGUGGGGGAGGUCCCAGGGUGCUCGUCUAGCUGCACCGGGGACUGCUCAGUCUGCAGUGAGGCUCAGAAACAACCCUAUAAGGGAGACCAGUACUGCGGGGUCCUCACCCGACAGAACGGGCCAUUCAGACAGUGCCACGGGGCCAUCGACCCAGCUCCCUUCUUUGAUGAUUGUAUCUAUGACACCUGCCAAUACAAGGGUCACCAGGACACACUGUGCACCGCAAUCAGCGCCUAUGCCACAUCCUGCCAGGCCAGGGGCAUCUGGAUAGGGCAGUGGAGAUCAGCCUCAUUCUGCAGACCCACCUGCCCCCUUAACUCUCACUACGAACUCUGUGGAACCAGCUGUCCUUCCAACUGCAACAACCUGUGGGCUCUAGAUCGGUGUGAGAAACCCUGUGCUGAAGGGUGUUUCUGUGAUGCUGGAUUCACCCUGAGCGGUGACAAGUGCAUCCCCGUCGCGCAGUGUGGCUGUGUGCACCAGGCCAUGUAUUACAAGAAGGGAGAGGAGUUUUACCCCAGCGCCUCCUGCCAGGAACGCUGCCUGUGCAAAGACAAUGGGGUCGUUGAGUGCCAGGAAGCCUCCUGUGGAGCCAAUGAGGAGUGCAGGGUGGAGAACGGAGUCCUGGGCUGCUAUGCCACAGGAUAUGGAACAUGCGUCACAUCUGGUGGAUCUCACUACAUCUCCUUUGAUGGACGGGCCUUUGACUUCCAGGGCUCCUGCACUUACACCUUAGCCAAGGUCUGCAGCAGAGACUCUGGACUGGGAAACUUCUCUGUGGUGGUGGAGAAUGAGAGCCCUGGCGGUGGCCAGAUGGCUGUGAUGAGGACUGUGGUGGUGUCUCUGCAUGAUUACACCAUCACCAUGGAGAGGGGGAGGAAGUGGAAGAUUGCGGUGGGUGGUGAGCUCUACACCCUGCCACUGGCUACGGACGAUGGAAAACUUUGGAUCAACCAAGAGGGGAACAACAUCAUUGUCCAAUCAGCCUCUGGCCUUGAAGUCUUUUAUGACACUGCCUCCUACCUCCUAGUGUUCGUCCCCAGCACCUAUAAGGGACAUGUGUGUGGCUUGUGUGGCAACUUUAACGAUGACAAGAAUGAUGAUCUCCUACUGCCUGGUGUGAAGAGUACCCAGAAUGUGGAUGAAUUUGUCACCUUCUGGAAGGUGCCUGUUGAGGAUGCCAUAUGCUCUGAUGGCUGUGGUGAGAAGUGCCCCAUCUGUGAUGCAGCCCAGACAGCACCGUACCAGACUGAGAGCUCCUGUGGGCUGAUCCUGGCCACCUCAGGUCCCUUCAGAGACUGUCACUCAAAAAUCAAUCCUGUUCAGUACUUCAACCACUGUCUCUAUGACAUGUGUGCCACCAACGGAAGGGGAGAGACCCUCUGCCAGAGCCUGCAGGCCUAUGUGGCUGCGUGCCAGGCAGCUGGGGCCAAGAUCGAGACCUGGAGAACUGCCUCCUUCUGCCCCCUUGCCUGUCCGGCUAACAGCCACUACGAGCUGUGUACCAGAUCCUGCGAUUUCACCUGUGCCAGCUUGUUUGCCCCUGCCCAGUGCACCGGGAAGUGCUUUGAAGGCUGCUGGUGUGAUCCGGAAUACGUGUCCGAUGGGGAGGCAUGCGUCUCCAUGGACAGGUGUGGCUGUGUGCACAAUGGACGCUACAUCAAGGCCGGGGAGAGCUUUAUCUCCAGCAACUGUUCCAAGAAAUGCACCUGCCACGCUUCAGGCAAGGUCAUCUGUGAGGAAACAAACUGUUCUGAAGAGGAGAAAUGCAUGCUCAGGAAUGGAGUUCGCAGCUGCGUGAAGCAGGUGGGCCAGUGCAAGCUGACCCCAGGAAUAUGGUUCACCUCCUUUGAUGGUGUCGAGAAGGAAGUCCUCCUUGAAGGGCCCUACGAGGUGUCUUCUCUCUGUGAAGGGGUCGACCUCCCCUGGUUCCGGAUGGUGGUCAGUGUGUUCACAGAAGGUGGCGUGGCCGUUCCUGAUGGCAUCUCCGUUUUCUUCAGUGAGGGUCUGAUCCAUGUCAAUAAGAAAAAGGAGAUUUGGGUGAGAGGGCAUCAAAAGCAGCUCCCAGUGAAUGUAUCCAGAACCUUGUCUGUAAGUGAGUCUCAGGGCACCAUCAUGAUUGUCCAGGGCUCUAGAAUAAAGAUUCUGUUCAGCCUGAGCGGGGAGGUGACAGUGACAGUCAGUGAGAGCCUGGCUAACAAGCUGUGUGCACCUUGUGGGAACUUCAAUGGCGACAUCUCCGACGAUUUGCGGCUGCCCAGCGGGAAGGUCGUGGGGAACAUCACAGAAGUGUUUGAAACUUGGAGGGCACGAGACCUCUCAAAAAGCAAUGUUUAAAAGCCACCUGAGCUGCAAUGGACCCCGCCCCAUUUCCCUUCCCUGCAUUGGACUGGGCUGGCCAGUUACUCAAUAACAGGUCAUAGCUUAGCACAUAAACGUGUGUUCCUUCACGUAGGGCUCUCCCUGCAGCGUGGAUGAGUUCAGUGGUGCUGGGUGCAUGACGGAAAAUUUCAUCUGGACUUGUCAAUAGAGACGUUUGCAAAGGUGUGUCUGAAGCAACCGGCUCUGGCAUACCUCGGGAAAUGGCUUUCGUGUUCCGCUUGGAUCUGACUGUGCUAAGAUCCCUUCACAGCGACUGUUAAGGCCUCUUUGUGCUGCCAAAGUGGAAUA